AUGGUGUUCGAGGUCAAUGAGAACGUCACGCGGGCGCCAGAGGCGGAGGUCUUCGGAUACGUCUACUUCACCCAGCGCGUCUUUCAGAAUGGCUCCGUGCGGGCGCUGAGAUUCCCUGGCACGGUGCGGCGCGCGGACUCCCGGGAGAUCAUGAUCCACGAGGGGGACGUGUCCACUGUCAACGAGGACUGCGGCACGGACUUCGACUGUGCGCAGGCUGAGCUCAAGUUUCAGAUGAUCCAGACCACGCUCUUCGGUGGCCGAUCUGCGUGCGCGCAGCCCUGGCAGUGCGAUCUUUGCAGAGGUGGUUUCAAGUCAGAGCAGGCCUUGAUCAGCCAUGCCUGGUGGAAGCACGGGGUUCGCAAGGAGCCUGCGCGCGCGCUGCCACAGCGCCCCGGCGCGCUGAUCCAGAGCUUCUUUGCAGAAGAAGUGCAAGAGCAAGACUUGCCCGAGCAGUUCGAACACUUGAUUUCCUUCGAGCAUGCUGAAGAAGCCAAUCUGCCUGAGCUUCUUGAAGAGGAGGCGGCGGAGGAGGAUGAGCCGCUGGAGACACCGAAGAAGCGCACCAAGACGGGCGCCAUCAAGCAGACGCGUGGCGCAAACAGGAGACAGCGCGUUUCAGCCAAGCAGCAAGUGGAUGCAGUCGACACCUGGCGGGCUUGCAAGCUGAGCGGCACGCCACCCAAAGACAAGAAGGGAAAUGCCACUGGCACACAGUAUUCGUACAACACUGUGUACGGGUGGUCUCGCAACUACGACAAGCUGGUCGAGCAGGCUGCCAAGGGAACUGCGACCAAGUUGGCUCGAACCCGCAGGGGCUGGUUCAGGCAGAACCCCUUGGUGCAGGAAUUUGACCAGCACCUUUGCAGAGCUCUGAAAAAGCAUCGCAAAGCUGGCCGCCCAGCGAAUUCCGUCACUGUUCUCGCCAUGGCUGAGAGCAUAUACGACAAGGUGGACAAGACAAGAGAAGGAAGGAACCUGCAGUGGCCGCGGAACAGGAGGGGCGGUGAAGUGUGGAGGCCCAAGAUGACCUGGGUUAAGUCCUGGCUGCAGGUCCGUGGCUGGAAGCCGCGAAAGCCGACGAAGAAGAGAGGCUCAACGCCCGCACAGGACAGUGCCCUCAUGCAGCGCUGGCUGGACAAGCUGCGGCACAUGGCUCAGAAGCAGCCUAGCUGCGGUGACAACACCUGGUCAGACGCAUGGGGGUUCUUUUCGCCUGGGGAGCGGUUCAACAGAGACCAAGUCGGGUUCAGUUUUGACUACACUGCGGCAGGGCGCACGUGGGCCAGCCCUGAGGAGCGGACCACCGGCUGCGUUCAAGUUGUGACCGGCAAGGCCGGAUGGGAGAAGAGGUUUUUCACAUGGGACAUGUGCUACGCGGGAGAUUUGAAGCAGGCGCAGCCGCCCCCGGUGCUUUAUUUCUUCGGAGCCGGCAACAUUUCACAGCUUGAGCGGGCCUCUUACGACAAGGAUGUGAAAGUCUUCUUCACGCCAAAGGGCUAUCUCAAUGAAGAUGCAAACCAGUUUUGGACGCAGUGCUGGAAGGAGCAUGUUUCAGCCAACCACGCGGGCAAAGCGGUACUGCUGACUUGCGACAAUGUCGCCGCACACUGCACCCACGCAUGGCGGGAGGAGAUGGCCAAAAUCGGCACUACGGUCUUGCAUGGGGAGCCCAACGGGACGCAUUGUUGGCAGGCCAUCGACCGGCAUAUUGGCAAGACCCACAAGGACCUGUUCCACCAGAUGCAGCUUCACAGAUCUUUGGAGGACUUCAAGUCCUUCCAGCACCUGUCUGCCAAGGACCGGCGGAUUUGGUGCACGCAUUGGGUGGGCGAUCUGUGGAGACAUUAUUGCCAUGAAAAGGCUGCAGCUCACGCAAACUGCUGCCAAUGCAGCGGGCUAUUGAUCAGACUGGACGGCGUUGGGGAUGACCGCGUCACUGUGGAGAGCAAUCCAGUCUUUGCUGUUCAGCCAUACCAGUGCUGGGAAGGCCUCGAGGAGAGCAUCCAAAAGAGCUGGCAAGCGCCUGCGCCCUUCGAAGAAGACGCAUCCGGGUCAGACUCAGACUCAUCCUCAUCCACAUCCAGCACUUCCUCCAGCGACAGCGCUGACAGCUGUGACGCUUCUCCCGAGCCAGAUGGACCUGAGAGCGCGCAGCCUGGUCCCCCGGCUGGUUCAUCAACUGAGCCCCAGCCUGCAGCUGGCUCAGGCAGCACGGCUUGGCCAGGUGUUGGAGCGGCCCUGACCCGGUUUGACAUUCACAUGCUCCUCAAGCACGCAGCAAAGAGACACAAGCUGCAGGCAGGCGUUCGGAUGCUUGCCGCUCAUGCGAAGCAUGGAGUGAAGCUCGAUCAUCCAAAGGCUCUUGCUGGCAAGACAGUGCCCUGGGAUGAGCUCAGGCACUGCUGCAGCGAGCUGAAAGUGGAGCUGCCAUCCAAAGAAGACAUCUAG